UUCAGAUGAUGUCAUGGACUCCACAAAGGAUCUCAGUGGACAGACAGACACAGGGAAGGUCAAGAGUCAACUCCAUAUGAAGAGAUCAGACUCAAAGGAGCCUAGCUGUGUGUCCAUGAAGAGUGACCGGUCUGUGGAUGAGCCAUUCAAUUUUAAGGGUGAAGACACAUCAACUGGUCUGAGUCAACUCCAUAGGAAGAGAUCAGACUCACCGGAGUCCAGCUGUGUGUCCAUGAAGAGUGACCGGUCUGUGGAUGAGCCAUUCAAUUUUAAGGGUGAAGACACAUCAACUGGUCUGAGUCAACUCCAUAUGAAGAGAUCAGACUCAGCAGAGCUCAGCCGUGUGUCCAUGAAGAGUGACCGGUCUGUGGAUGAGCCAUUCAAUUUUAAGGGUAAAGACACAUCAACUGGUCUGAGUAAACUCUAUAGGAAGAGAUCAGACUCAGCAGAGCUCAGCCGUGUGUCCAUGAAGAGUGACCGGUCUGUGGAUGAGCCAUUCAAUUUUAAGGGUGAACACACAUCAACUGGUCUGAGUAAACUCUAUAGGAAGAGAUCAGACUCAGCAGAGCUCAGCCGUGUGUCCAUGAAGAGUGACCGGUCUGUGGAUGAGCCAUUCAAUUUUAAGGGUAAAGACACAUCAACUGGUCUGAGUAAACUCUAUAGGAAGAGAUCAGACUCAGCAGAGCUCAGCCGUGUGUCCAUGAAGAGUGACCGGUCUGUGGAUGAGCCAUUCAAUUUUAAGGGUGAACACACAUCAACUGGUCUGAGUCAACUUCAUAUGAAGAGAUCAGACUCAGCAGAGUCCAGCUGUGUGUCCAUGAAGAGUGACCAGUCUGUGGAUGUGCCAACUGAAUUAAAGGGUGAACACACAUCAACUGAAGUGAGGUAA